GAUCUGUGAGGCAGAGGGAUCAGAAUCCGCCACACAAGACCCAGCGGCUGUGUGCUUUGAUUCUUGCGUACGCCAUGGAAUGUGAUCCCACGCCUUGCUUCAGUCGCAACCUAUCUGGGUCAGAAGAGAUGGAUUAACUUUUCCGAGAACCCUGGGAUCUGAAUUAAAGCACAAGAGAAGAGAGAGAAAGGGGGCUGUUUUGAGUUAUUCUCAGCAGCAAAGUUCCCGUCCAAUUAUCCUGACUCCCAGACCUGUGCUCCCAAGGUGGGCACACACACAGCACAAAAUGGUUUGAGGGGCAGAUUCCAGUUGGUCUUUGGAAACUGUAAGUACGCGAAGGGGUGCGGAAGUUGGCGAGGGUGGGAGAGGAAAGAAAACAUCUUGAAACUUUGCCACACUGUGUUAAAAGGAACUUAGAAAAAUUGGAAGAGGGGUUGCCAGGAACAGCAGGGCAUUCAGAAGACACUAGGCAGCAGUCCAAUGCGGGGGAUGGAGUUUCAGAGCCUCUUCCAGUUUUAAACAGAGAAGGGAUCUGGGCAUCGUUGGAAAUGAUGCUGUCAGACCGCCCGUUCUACGGUGCCGGCUGCCUGGCACCAGCUGCCGGGGACUUGGUGAGCAGGCUUUCUCCCCAAGCCAAGGCUGACCACCGCCCGUGGGUCCCACUCAGCCCAGCCGGGAAAACACAAUGGCAAGGUAAUGGCUGCUGCUGGAGACGGGCCCCUCUCAAAUCGGCAGAGGACAGUGGCCAGCCUGUGCAGCUUCCUGGCUGCCACCUCAGAGAGAGGUUCGAAACAGAUGGCAACAUGGAUGCCAAGAGACCAAUGGGACUAAGUGGGCUUGUCCUUAGACCCACAGUGGAGCCAGAAGAAAGGCACUGCCGUGGAUUUGGUCACACGAUGGAGGCAGAGGUUAGGCUGUUUGCUAAAUCUGGUCCCAAAGUGGAGGGAAUGGAUGGGCCCGGUCCUCCAACUGACUGCACACCAGAUGCAUGUGUUGGGUCAUAUCAUGGCACUGGUCCCACUGCAGAGGCAGGGAGUGGGCUCAAUCAUGGAGCUGGUCCCACAGAGGAGGCAGGGAGUGGGCUUUAUCAUGGGGCUGGUCCCACAGCAGAGGCAGGGGGUGGGCUCUGUGAUAGAGUUGGCCACAGAGUGGAGGAACAGUGUAGGCCAUAUCAUGGAGCUGAUCACAAGCAGGUUGGGAUCUCACAAGAUCAUACAAUAUCUGCUUCCAAAGACUGUGCGGUUAAAGAACUGACAGAAUCUCACAAACACCAAUGGAGGUACCAGAACAUUAAAGAUGUCGAGGGGAAUGUUACCACAGGAACUGGUCCUUCGGACAUCCAUCCACAUCCAGCCUGGGAGGGCACUGCAGGGCUUGCAGACCCAGUAACUAUGGAAACAGGCGCUGUGGGAGGCCAGGCCCAGUUGGGUGAUGCCACCCAGGCAGAGGAGAAUGUUGAUGAUGUGGACUGUGAGGAGCUGAAGGAGGCUGAGGAUCACGACGAUGAGUUUGGAGUGUUUGAGAAGGCAGGCAACCUGGUGCAAUGGGCUGAAUUUCCAGGCCCUCUGGGACUGGAGAGUGAGACUCCGCAUGAGCAGAGCUACGCUGCAACUGGAUGGAGUUGGGAGUCAGGCGAGGAUGUGGCGACCUGCAGAAUGUGGAGGCCCAGGUCCGAGAACAUGGCAACCGAACCAGACAUGGACGAAAGUGCGCAUCCAGGGGCAAGCCUUCACGGGUCUUCAAACAGAGCAGCAGAGAGUUGGAGGAGCACGUGUCCACCCAGUUGCUUCGCACCUGACCAUACCCCAACUUCUGAAAGUGGCUGGAGAGCAUUCCACAAUGAAGAUCGGCAGAUGCAGGGCAGCGGCUUUGAUGCUUUUCCCCUGAAUAAGUGGGAGAUAGAACAGCAGGGAACCAGGAUAAAAUGGUGGUCCACUGCCCUGGAGCGUCACACAUUCCAACCAACACCAUCUGCACAAACCUCACUGGGUAAUGUUGGACUGGAGUCAGUGUUCCACUCCUGUUUCCCCAUGGUCUCUUCCACCAGCUCACAUGACUCAAUCCCACCCCUCGGGCAGCUGCUGGGCACAGAGAAACCGGGUGAAGGAUUCCUGAGCACACAGGCCUGUGACCUCUGGGCUUCACUGCAGAGCGCCGCUGAGACUGUUGGGCUGAGACAUAAAUGGACUGAGUAUCAGAGUCGCAAACAUCUACUGACAUCGCUAUGUGUAGAUCCUGCAACCACGGAGACUUCCACAGGAAGCAGAAGAACCACAGGCUCCUCCCCACUAUUCUCCAUAGAGACUCGGAUGGAACUGCAGCCUUCACCUGAAAUCUUGGACUGGGAUUACAAGGAGUUAACGUUAAUUAAGAACCCGACCCCUCAGAUCCAGAAUGGCUUCAGUCCAACCCACCGUAUCCAGGCAUUCUUUUACCAAUGGACACAGUCUGACAGAAAUGGCAAAAGCAAGACUACGUAUGACUUCAACAAGAACUUCAUGGCCUAGUGGAUCUGAAACUGCAGCACUGGUGCUUCCUUCUUCUCCAUCAAGUCUUUUGUACACAGCCUUUAUUUGUCUCUCUAGAUCAUGUCAUUAUUUAUUUAAAGAGGUAGUUUUUUGUUUAUUGGGGAAGUGGCUGGGCAGUCAGAAUGAAGGGGCAUGUGGGUGGUUUCGGGGGGAAAUGCAGACCUUUUCAACUAAACAGAAAGAUAGCUAGAAAUAUAAAACAGAAUAAUAAGAGUUUCUAUAGAUAUUUUUAAAAGGAAGGAGUUUAACAGAGUAAGCAUUGGUCUGAAAGAGAGUAUGAAGAAUUAAUAAUGAAAAAUAGGGAGGUGGCAAAUGAAGUGGUCAGGUAUUUUGCAUCAGUCUUCACUAUACAGGAUAAAGUAGCCUCCCAUAAAUAGCUGUAAAUCAGGAAGUGAAAGAGAGGGAGGAACACAAGAAAAUUGCAAUCACCAGAGAAGUGGUACUGCAAAAGUCAAUAAAGCUAAUGGCUGACAAGCCCAUGGAUCCUGAUAGAUGUCAUCUGAAAUAUUGCAACAAAAUGGCUAAAGAGAUUGGUAGUGUGUUGGUUUUAAUUUUGCAAAAUUCCUUAGAUUUGGUCAGGGUUCUAAUAAUUUGGAAAAUAGCAAAUGUUAUCCUAAAGGGAAGAUAAAGUAAAACAGAGAGUUAUAGACAGUUAGCUUAAUAGCUGUCAUAAAAGAUGUUAGUAGCUAUUAUGAAAGAUGGUAUAGCAAGGCACUUAAAAUUUAAGGUAAUCAGGCAGAGUCGAUAUGGUUUUUGUGAAAGGGAAAUCACGUUUGACCAAUUUGUCAACAUUCUUUGAGCAAGUAACAUGCUAUGGAUAAAGAGGAACUGGUGGAUGAACUAUACUUGGAUUUCCAGAAAGCAUUUGAUAAGGUGCCACAUCAAAGCUUAUUACAGAAAAUGAAAGCUCACGGUGUAGAGUGUAACUUAUUGACGUGGACAGACAAUUGGAUGGCAAACAGGAAAUAGAAAAUAGGCAUAAUGAUAUAUCGCCUCUUGAGUGAAAUCUAAAACUAGGGGUCACUUUUAAAAAAUAAGGGAUCACAUAUUUAAAAGAAAGAUAAGAAGACUUUUCUUUAAUAGGUUUUGAGUAUUUGGAACUCUCUUCCUCAAAAAUUGGGGAAGCAGGGUCCUUGAGUAUUUUUAAGGUAGAGAUGGAUAGCUAGAUCUUGCACACCCCACUUUAGGCAAGAUGUGAUAGUGUUGGAAGAUUUACUGGAAUGGAACAGAGGUAAGGAACUUCAGUAAUGUGGAGAGACAAAGUCAGCUGGGAUUGUUCUCCUUGGAGCAACAAUUAUUCAGGGGAGACUUAAAGCAGAUAUUUAAGAUUAUACGGAAUUUCAAUGAAUGAGGUGAAAUUGUUUCCUUUGCCAAUCAGGCAUUAAUAACCAAUAAAGUGCCACGUUAAAGGUUACUGCAGAAAAUAAAAGCUCACAUUGUCAGGGGGCAUAGGAUAUUGGCAUGGAUCGAUGAUUGGCUAGUUAAUAAGGAACACUUAGCAUGAACAGGUCAUUUUCAGGUUGGCGAGA